ACAGAUUUUAUUUCCGACAGUCUCCUGAAGGCAACACGUCUUCGCCUCUCAUCUGCGCUCUCUGGGCUAACAGGUUUGGUCGCGUGCAGCGGCGCCUCCCUGACAUACCGACCCUAUUAAUGCGCGGAGAGCUCUGAAGAAGACCGGACGGAGAAGAUGAUGUGGAGCGUUGGGAUCCUGCUGGCCACUGCUCUCAGUGUGGAGUCCUAUAUUGUCCAUGACAUCCAGGAGCGUUUGUCCCACGGUCGGCAGCUGAAGAUCUACCUGCCGAAGAGUGCGCAGAAGCUGGAGUUCACACCAGCUGAUGAUCCUAGCAAGACCUUUAUGUACUGGGAGAACAGCAGAAUCAGGAUGAGCAAAGGCAGGGUGUCGGGUACAGGCAGCGACCGACGCUGGUACAUUGACAAGGUGACCUAUGAGGACCAGGGGACGUACACCCAGAAAGACUACUGGAAUAAAGAGAUCUCUGCCGUCAGAGUAGCCGUCACACCCAGACACAACUAUGCCAAGUGUGUAGCAGGAGAAAAUCUUUACGUCCAGCUGGAGGGCAUUGACCUGAGCGACGCUACCCUCUUCUUCUCUGGGGAGUUUGGCAAUGUUACACUGGUGCACGAUGGUGCUCGGUUGUCCCAGGACCUGCCCAAUUAUUGGGACCGUGUUCAGACCCACUCCAUGAAAAUCGAGAUCAGGAAUGUGAACUUCAGCGAUGUGGGACAUUACACCCUGAAAGACCGGAAAGACCGGGUGGUGUCUGUCACCAGGAUGGACCUGAGAGACCAUCUUGACGACUCUGAAGGAAACCCUCUCUUGGCUCUGCUCUUGCUGCUGGGCAUCCCUGCUGGGAUCUGCUGCUGCUGUCGGAAGAAGAUUUUCAAGAAGAAAGCCGCCGCUGGUGCAACAUUCCAGUCCUCCCCAGAUGUAGUCCAUCCUCCUCCCAGUGGUCCUUUCGGACCGUCUCCUCCUUACAACGCUCCUGGACAACCAGGAGUGGGUCCCUCAUUCCAUCCUCCCCCUGCAACCGGCGGCCCAGGACAGUGGAACGGCCCCCCGCCCUCCCCGGGUUAUAACCCAGGCUACACCCCCCAGAACCCAGGCUACACACCCCAGAACCCAGGCUACACCCCCCAGAACCCAGGCUACACCCCCCAGAACCCAGCCUACACCCCCCAGAACCCAGGCUACACCCCCCAGAACCCAGCCUACACACCCCAGAACCCAGCCUACCCUCCCCAAAACCCAGCCUACACACCACAGAACCCAAACCCAGCCUACCCUCCUGGCGGUCCAGCCAUGAUCCCCCCAGCCCAGCCUCCACAAUGGAACGGUCCACCGGCAGACUACUACCCCGCCGGGCCUGGAGCUCCAAUGGGCUAUGGUGCAGCUCCAGUCAUGUACAGCUCGGCACCACCAGCAGCUGCCAGUGAACCUGUUCUAGAGGUUAAGAUGGGGAGUAUGGUUUCCUCACCUGCCGACCCACUGCUGACUACCACACAACAGGCUGAAGCUGCGUCCCCUCCUGGCCCCCCUCCCUCCACCACCAUUCUCAGCUCCUCUAAUGAUGCCUAUGAGUUCAAGAUCGAUGGAGAAAAAAACUUCUUAUAGGGAUGCUGACCCCUGACCCCUGACCCCCCCCCCCCCACCCCCACCCCCAACCAACCCUUAACGUGAUGCUCCCGGAUACAGGUGGAAACAAUGGACAGCAUUUGGACGGAUGGCAUUCUUUGUCUCCUCUUCUCUUGAUUACUAUUUAAUCCCCUAACUGACUCAAGAUCAAGCAUGAUUAUUUUAGCAGCACUUACUUAUUUGGGGAUCACAUGUCCAGAGUUGGGGAUCAAAUGUCCAGAGGUGAGGAGAGAAAGACAUCUUGAAGUGUUAGCAUGUGAAUUAGAAAUGUAAUAUCAGCAUCUGAUGAGUCAACAGGCUCAGUUAACCAACAGAUUAGGAGACGUCGUCAUGGCACAAUGAUUGUUGUUUCUAUCAACAUUUUCCCACCCAUUCCAAUCUUCCUCUUUUGAUUUUGAUUAGUCAGGAAAGCCGAGCAGUCCAGAAAGAGUCUUGAGAUUUACUCUACAGGUCUGAUUCAAGGAACAACAAAGGGAAACAGACCACAUAGCCCCUUAUUCCUGGUCUGGUCUCACUAGAUCAGAAGCCCUCUGAACACAAAGGACACGCAGCAGCACCACCGACUCAACACCAUGACUUGAGUUCUGCUCCACAGUCCUUGGUCCAGGCGGUUUUGUUGCUGUAUAUCUCAGGUUGCCUUAUUUUCCAAUGUAAUGUCUCUGGAGCAAUUUGUGUGUUGCUAAUGUGUUGAAUUAGACGGGCCAGGCUCUGUGCCAUCCUGUCGGCCACCGGCUCCAGUGAAGAGGGAUUUUGGUUCUCAUAUAAACCUGGUGGUCAUGGAAGGAUCCAUCCUCAACCUGCCGAUCUCCCCUCCUCCCACUCUGUGUGCUGUGCUCCUGUACAGGACUGCACACGGUAGAACGCGCAUGACAUCGUCAUUAGUUGCCUUUUGACUUCCACAUUAACCGUGACCUGGAAUCAUGACAACUUAUUUUUUGUAGACAGAUAAUACAGAGCACGCCUCCAUGGAGAUGUUGUGCUUCAAUGGUGCAUUUUCCCAACUGACAAAUAGUAAACAUGGGGCAUUUGAGGUCCAGGGCCCGGGGGCCAACUACCUGGAUCCCGAGUCUGAUUUGGCACUACAGUUGGGUUCACCUGGGCCGGCUGUUAAAGCAGAACUCUUAACUCAUGACAUCAGAGAAUACUACUUAUGAGAAGAGCACGAUACAACAGCUACCUCAUUUUUGAAUUCUAUGCCUCUACUUAGGUCAACACUCUUGAGUUUACGUGUCAAACUGAAAUCCCAUUAAACCCGUUGAAUCCUCCGAAGGUAAUAAUUACAUUCGACGUCUGUCUGUGCUGAAUGACAACAACUAAACCGUGAGACCAGAAGGAGCUCUUUGACUGUGGCCUCCUGCCUCCUUUACAAAAGAAAACAUCAUAUCACUCAUCCACGGCCAUUCAAUCACCAAACAGGAAGUAGCGGCGGUCACGUGGAGCGAGCCUGCAGUGUGGGUCCCUCCUGAAAUCCACCAGAGACCAGAAACCCUCCUCCCUCUAGAAUGUCCCCUAAAACCACUAACAGGCACUCAUUGCACUGCGAGUAGCGUCACUAAUGCCUUUGCAGUAUAGUAAUCUUUAACUUUAUUCUUCUGGAUUUGACUAGAUUCACUUCUAAAUACUGGAAUUAGUUGCUGUCCCUCAUGGAAUCUGGUUUUCUGGAGUCACAUAUUAAACUGGGACAAACGAGUUCUGAGCCCGUCUGCUUUUUAUUGGUUUAACCUUAGUGUCCUAUAUCUGAUGUUCCUCACGCAUAGCAAUGUUGAGAUUGUGAUACAUGUUGAAUAUGUGAUUCAUGUAUUUUUUAUUUUUCUUUGUAAAUGUAACCAAUGAUAUUCACUAAGUGUAUCUUUUGUUGGUGGUUAUGGAUUUUAAUGCAGUUGGAGGCCACUUUUGGUGUUCUUGGGUCCCUCCAGUUCCAUCCACCUACCAUACCUCUCCUUUUAUACCUGAAAUGAUAUAGUAGACAUACUUUAUUUGGAUGUGUAACCAUUUUGUCAUACUGCGCAUGGAUAUGAAUUUCUUUCAUUUCAAACAAAAGAAUUCAACAUUAAAAUAAUUAUUUGAGGAGACAGUCUGA